AUGUUUUCUCUCUUUUCUCUCUUUCCAACAUUUAUUAUAUUCACAGAUUUUCUUGACACUCGCGUUUUGUUACCUUCUGAUGCAUCCCCUUCACAAUGUCCAUCCGGAUUAGCUAAGGCCAUAUCGCCGAAAUUACUCUCUACUAUUAAACACGGUUAUGAACACGAUGAACCUCCCUCUCAUGAGCACAUCGCGAAUCAAGAACUUUCAUUUCAUACGAGUGUCAUUGACAUGACAAUAUUAGCAUCUUCUAUGUACUCUCUUGGUCUGCAAAUAAAUCCUUUUGCUUCGGGUAGUGUAUUGAGUACUAUGGUUCGCAUUCAUGACGCCUUUUCUUUUUGUCUCUGUGCAUGUGGUAAAAACCCAUAUACAGAAAAUGCAAACACAUCCUACUAUCCUGCUGUUCUGACCUUUUCCUAUGUUCGAAAGUUGGUCUUACCACCUAUGACUCCAGAAGGUAUCAAAGACAUCAAUAAGGCCAAUAAGAAAUUAUUAAAGGAUAUGAAAGUUGCAUAUUCCGCACCUAAAGAAAAUUCAGGUACUAAAAGAAAGAAUUAUGCAAAGACAGCUUAUCAAAAGAAGAAACGCAGUAAGGUCUAA